AUGAAUCCAAGAAUAUUAUUUUUUACUAAAGUUUCUCUUGGAGUACGACUCCCCUGUGUUCAAAGAAUAUUAUUUAUUACAAGAAAUAUUCAUAAUUUUGUAAAUAAUUCAACCUUUAGUGGAAGAUCGCGUAAAGGAACAAUUUUAUUUAUUAAUGUUAACCAAAAUCCACAGAUAAAAACGGUUUCUUAUUCGAAAAGAUCUUUUCAUAAUUCCAUAAUUUUCAGAAUUCCACAAUUAAAUAGGAUUAACUUAAUUAAAAACAAUUAUUUUAUAAGAGCAAAGCGUGUAAGUAACUGGACUGAAAAAGUAAUUCUACAAAACUUCAAUAAAAGGCCAAGAAUAAUCUUACGAAUACCGCCGUAUUUGGAAUAUGCUUUCUCAUUCGUAUUGUUAGAUAAUGAAAAAUUGAUAUUUCCACCACCAACAACAAAUCUUAUACAAAAUGUAGAAAUAAUAUCUGAAAAACCUAUAAAAACACGAAAACUAAAAAGUUUGCUGAAUAAAAUAAUGAAUUUUCUUUCGGAAUAUGUGACGGAACCAAUCAAUAUUACCUGUCGAUUUAUAUAUUUAUUAUUACUUUUUAUACCUUUGAUAACUUUAACACCUGCAUUAUUAAUUGGAUCAAGGGAUAUCGAACUUGAUAAUGAACGAACUGGUGCAUUAUGGUGGUAUGACACGUUGGUAAGAGUAAUGGAGACUGCAGGACCAACUUUUAUUAAGCUUGGACAAUGGGCAGCGUCGAGGACUGAUAUAUUUCCUCAAGAAAUGUGUAAUCGUUUGUCCAAACUUCAUUCUGCAGUAAAUCCACAUCCAUUUGAGGAUACAAAAAGAAUUAUUGAAGAGGAAUUUAAAAGAUCAUUUCACGAAGUCUUUAGUACAUUUGAAAAACAACCCAUUGGAAUUGGAGCAAUUGCACAGGUAUAUAAAGCAACGAUUCGAUCAGAAAUAGUAACAAAAUCUUUUUUUGAUAAUGAAGACGAUCCAUUUGAUCAUUCUAAAAAGGAUUACAAAUAUAAUAACACAGUAGCAGUAAAAGUAUUACAUCCAAGAGCAGAGAAAGCUAUUCAUAGAGAUCUUAAAAUAUUAAUGGUACUUUCUAAAAUAAUUAAUGCAAUUCCCACAAUGAAAUGGUUAUCGUUACCGGAAGAAGUUACCAAAUUUGGAGAAAUGAUGCAUGGUCAAUUGGAUUUACAUAUAGAAGCUGAAAAUUUAUUAGAGUUUCGAAAAAAUUUUAAAUCACGUAGAUCAGUAAAAUUUCCAAAACCAAUUAUGGAAUAUACAACAAAAAAUGUAUUGAUUGAGGAAUUCGAAGAAGGGUUUCCGAUUCAAUUCUUUCUUGAACAAGGAGGAGGAAUUUAUGACCAUAUGAUUUCAUAUAUAGGACUUCAUGCAUUUCUUGUAAAAUCAUCAGAUCUAAGUUUUAAUGAGGAUGAAAUGGAUGAAGAACGUGAUUCAAGAGAAGCUCUAGCACGAUUGAUGAGAUAUCGCCAUGAUAAAAAGUUAUGGUCGGAGGAAUUACUUAAAAUGUAUAAUGAAGGAUAUCAACCAAAAGUAAUAUUUAUUGAUACAGGAUUGGUGACAAAAUUAAAUUUAGAAAAUAGAAGGAAUUUUCUGGAUUUAUUUCGAGCAGUGGCUGAAUUUGAUGGAUAUAGAGCAGGAAAGUUAAUGAUAGAAAGAUGUAAAACACCCGACCUUGUAAUAGAUGGAGAAAUAUUUUCAUUAAAAAUGCAACAUUUGGUAUUGAAAGUGAAGACAUUAACGUUACAAUUAGGCAAAAUUCGGAUAUCCGAUAUAUUAACCACAGUAUUGACAAUGGUAAGAAAUCAUCAUGUGAAAUUAGAGGGAGAUUUUAUUAACGUUAUAAUAUCAAUAUUACUAUUGGAAGGCAUUGGUAGACAAUUGGAUCCACAAAUGGAUUUGUUAAGUAGUGCUUUACCAAUUUUGAGAAAGUUGGGAACAAAAGAAGGAGGAAAAGGAUUAAGAAAGGGGAUUAAAGAUCCGGAUGGAGGAGUGUGGUGGCUUAAAUUUUGGUUUUGGUUGGAAGCCAGAGAAUGGGUGGACAAUGCAUCAUGGCAAGAUUAUAAUUCUUUAUUUGAAAAACAAUUAUGUUGGCCCGAUAUUUAA